AUGAGGCUCUCGGCGCCUUGCCACUCGAUCGGGUGGUUGUUCGUCUGCUUCUUCGCCUGGAGCAUAGUGGCAGACAAUCGCUCACAGCCCAUCUCAAUCUUCCGUUCGAGGCCGGACCUUGUGUCUCCUAUUCUGACAGUCUUCACGAGAAUCCCGGAGAAGCAGGCGCCGGGGUAUUAUUUUGUAUCACCGUACCAGCAAAUCCAGGAAUCCGUACACAUUUACGAUAAUGACGCGAAUCUGGUGUACAGCGGGUUUGGAAGCGCCGGACCCGGCAUCUCUCACGCACCUCAAACAUGCAUGUACAAAGGCGAGGUCCAUCUGUGCUUCUACCAAGGCACCCAGAUGGUCGGAUGGGGUCACGGUCAUGGCAUCAUCAUGGACAAGCACUACCGAAUCGUCAAGUCCGUCGAACCUGGAAGCUAUCAGGCGUCGUCGGACAUGCACGAAUUCAGGCUGAUCAACGACGGGAAAUCGGCGCUCAUGACGCAGUAUCUCCGCAGUGUUUACGAUUUAUGCCCCUGGAAACUUUGCGACGGUCUCGGCUACAUCCAGCAGGGAGCGUUCCAGGAAGUCGAUGUCGACUCGGGCAAAGUCUUGUUCGAAUGGCAAAGUUUGGACCACGUCGACCCCUCUGAGAGCUAUGUCGACCCAGGCACCACCGAAAUCAGUGGCUCUGGUGAGGCGCCCCGGAGCCCUUGGGACUACUUCCACGUCAACUCAAUCGACAAGAACGAAGACGGUGACUACUUGAUUUCGGCGCGGCACGUGUCGGCGGUAUACAAAAUCUCGGGCGUCGAUGGUCAUGUCAUCUGGAGGCUGAACGGCGCCAAGUCGGACUACUAUCUCAAUGGCUUUUCGUUCUCUUUCCAGCACGACGCGCGAUUCAUCUCCGACAACGCAACACACACAGUCAUCUCGCUGUUUGACAACGGGUCCAACGGCUUCAACCAGACCCAGCCUCAUUCGACCGGCCAGAUCAUCAGACUUGACCACCAAACCAAAGUCGCCACUUGCCUGUUGAACCUGGACCCUCCGUUUGUCGACGGCCACGCGCACAUUUCCAAGUCGCAGGGCAAUUUCCAACAACUCCCAAACGGCAACAUUGUCAUGGGAUGGGGCAACGACGCCUUCUGGACCGAAUACACGUCCGACGGCGAGAUCGUCUUCUACGGCGCGCUCGGAUGGAGCAACGUGAUGAACUACCGCGUGCACAAGUUCGACAACUGGGUCGGACUACCGCUGACCAAGCCUGCGCUGUGGACGUACUCAAAGGCCGGCGACGAGAUGAUGAUGUACGUUUCGUGGAACGGCGCGACCGAGGUCAAAUCGUGGCGCCUGUACGGAGCAAGUUCCAAGGACGGGCCGUGGGAGGAGAUUGAGAGUGCACCCAAGACCGGGUUCGAAACGGUGCUCAAACACGACUCAACAUACACGUUUGCGUACGCGGAAGCCUUGGACAAGGACGACCAGGUCCUGGGCGCUUCGGCUGUGGAGAAGGUCUUUACCCCCCCGGCGCAGAUGGUCGAAUACUGCGACGAUGUGGCGUGCCGCUUCAUGCCGAACAACGAGGAGCGCGAGAAGGAACGGCAGCAAAAGGCCGAGGAGCAGAGGCAACGCGAGGAGGAAGAACGUCUCGCGGAGGAAGAACGUCUCGCGGAACACGCCAAAGAGCAAGCGAGGAAGCGGGCCGAGAUGUAUGGCGGCGCGUUUGGCGGUCUGGCUGUGCUCCUCAUCUUGAUUAUCGUUUUGGCUACGAGGAACUUUGCCUCUCGGCCGGUCCACGCGCUGGUUCAUCGUGCCUAUGCCAUUCUUCGGACCAAGCUGGGCAAGGCGACCGGGAAAGACGUGGGUGCGGGUGUCGGGUACAAGGCACUUCCUCUGGAAGAACAAGACAGUGCCAGAGUGCCUAUGGUAUCGGAUCCUUCAUGA